UAUGUCUUCCACUUCAAAUUUUCUCUUCCUGUUUCUCGUUACCAUCUUUCUACUUUCUCAGGUGUCAUCAUUCGAGGAUGCGAUCGAGGCCCAAGCCCAUCAACCUCAGGUUGUGAAAGGACCGAACCGAAGGCUGUCGUCUGUAGACUGUGGGGGAUUGUGUGCGGUAAGAUGUGGGAAACAUUCAAGGCCAAACGUAUGCACAAGGGCAUGUGGCACAUGUUGUCAAAGGUGUAACUGUGUGCCCCCUGGUACACAUGGCAACAGGGAAAUGUGUGGGACUUGCUACACUGAUAUGCUGACUCAUGGUAAUCGGUUCAAGUGUCCCUAGCUAGAUGGAAUAUAAAACAUAUACCAGCUAAUAUAUGUGUAUGUCUUUGUUUUGGAGUUUUCUUUUUGACUAUGUACUGUAUGUAAUAAUUAAAUCAUGUUAUGUUGUGUGUAAAAUGUUAAAAUAAUGAAAUUGAUGCAUAUAUGGUAAUAAAUAAAUACAAGGCUAAGU